AUGGAAUGUUCUACAUGUGAAGGACCAACUUCUUAUCAAAGGGCAAAACUUCUUUUCAAAUAUACAAAAAAAAGCUGUAGAAAAAGCGUAAGUGCCAAGAAUAUAACGUUUUUCAUUGGCCAACGCUUUUCUUUUGGUGACAUUUUUUACAUGGCUUAUUUAUGGUUCAGGGCAACUGUUUGCGCAUUCUUAAGCUAUUUCCGUCAAUUUGUAGCAGAUGCUUUGGAAACCGAAGAAUGUGUUAUCGGUGGAGAAGGCAUCGUUGUGGAAAUAGAUGAAAUCAAAAUGAGCAAACGGAAUCUAGGUUAUGGGCGGUGUGAAAAAAAACGACGGAAAGACGCGUUUUUGCUGUUUCUGUUGAAAAACGGGACAGUGAAACGCUUCUUGAAAUCAUUAAGAAGCACGUCAAACCUGGCUCCAUCAUUCACACUGACCUUUGGCGAAGUUACAACGGAAUUGAGGAUAUUUUGGGUUCAAACACCAUACGGUAAAUCAUAG